CCUCCUAAUAUUAAGUGUACAUGGCCUCAAAAUGCCAAAUGCCAACGUCCGACGACUUAUUUUAACCCUCAGGACACCAUGCCCUCCAGCUCAAGGAAAUUAAAACAAAAUAAAAAUAAAAUCCAACAUUGCUUCACCGAGCAUUCCACAACUCCAGAAUUUCCGUAAAAUCCCUACAGCCCCUUGCUGCCCCUGCUGAUGGUCGAUGACUCCAUUUACUCCAGUGCUAUCCCCAACUACUACUGUUGUAAUCCUAUUCUAUAUACUGUACACCAAAUAUAAGUCACCAUUGCAAUACUUUGUUUAGUUUUUGUUCUGUUCUUACCCAACCUCAUCAAAGAAAAAGAGACUAAACCAUUAUAUAGUUGGUAACUUUUACACGGUUUCCUUCUGCAUUAACUGGACAAUAACGGGCAUAACAGAGUACGUAACAAUAAUAUGAAACUGAUAAGUAGUAAAGUUAUAAUAAGUGUUGAUUCUAAGAUGUGAAAAAAUGCGAAUCCAGAUUUAAAGGAGUGAAAAAAAUGAAAGCUGGGAGACGGUAGACACCUUACACAAGAAGGUCCUGUGUCAACAGCUUAAUAACCAAUAGUCACGUGAUGAUGAUGACGACACACCUUGAUAUAUACUUCACACUUAAGUGACUUAAUAAAAUAAAAGGAUUCAAAGUGACAGUUAGUCUGAAGGAUACAUCAAUUAAAAUACGAAGUUUAAACUUAAAGCUGAAUCCUCCAGCAGGUUUAGAUGACAAGAGUACAUUACUGUAUACUCUAUGUCACCAAGUAAUCAUGUUCAUUAAGCAAUUCGUAACAAAAAAUGCAGUGUUGGAGGGCACAGAUAAGUCACCAAUUCCCAAGAGUAACUCAAAAAAUGAAUUUGUGACUCUCCUUAUAAGACUAAUGUGGGUUUUGCUUAUCAUUGCUGUGUGCUGUUGCCUUUAUGUCCCCAGUUCUUCUACCUGUAAUGGCAUGCAAGACUCUUCAACGUUUCACAGGUUCUUUGUUCCAGAUGCGCAAGAGGGCAUUUUGAGGAAUGGGAGUUCUACAGAGAAAAAAAUUGUGUGUUAUUAUGCAUUACCCAACAAAGGAAGUAGUGAGGCCACCAUGAGUGCCAAGGACAUUGAUCCUACCCUUUGUACACACAUUAUUAUUUCCAAGGCCAAAAUUGAAAAUUCAACCAUUGUUCCAUUGGAUGAAGGAGAUUUAAAGGUGUAUGCUGAAGUGGUGUCAUUGAAGAAGCAGAACCCAGACCUUCAUGUGCUUCUGAGUCUUGGCAGUGGGUUUCCAUCUCUUGUUCAGGACCGUAUGGCAGUUGCUGUGUUUGGAUAUAAUGCUCAUAAGUUCCUAGUCACCCAUGGAUUUGAUGGCCUUGACCUUGACUGGGAGUUCCCUGUGUGGCCAUCAUGGAAGAAAAACUCCAAGGAGAAGAAUCGGUUUGCCUACUUUGUUCUCCAGUUAAACAAUGCUCUUAAGCUAGCAUCUCAUCCUCCACUUUUGCUGACGGCUGCUGUUGGAGUGUCUAAGAACAUUAUUGAUAAUUCAUAUGAGAUUGGUCAGCUUGCAAAGUGUGUUGACUUUGUCUCAGUUAUGGGUUACAACUAUCACCAGUUCAAACCUUACCUGCCCUUCACAGGCCAUAAUGCUCCUCUUGCCAAAUCCAGUCAGGAGAAAGGUUAUUUCGCUACUUUGAACAUCCAGUGGGAUACUCUGUACUGGAUGUCAAAAGGAAUGCCAAAGGAGAAGCUCGUCAUAGGGAUACCUACCUUUGGACGUACUUGGAAGUUACUGAACAGUAAAUGGCACAAUGUUGGGGCUCCUGCAGUUGCAGAAGGUAUGCAUGAAGGAAAGAUCACCUACUUAGAGGCUUGCAUCUUUGUGAAAGAAGGAGCGGUGCAUUACUUUGAUAAUGAAAGUAAAGUUCCCUAUGCUGUGAGGGACCAGGACUGGGUGUCGUAUGAGGACACUGUCAGCAUCAGAGAUAAGGUACAAUGGAUCCUUGCUGCUGGUGUUGCAGGUGUGAUGACCUGGAAUUUGAAUAGUGAUGAUUGGGCAGGGUUGUGUAGUGGAAAAAAAUUUGAACUGCUCAACAUUGUGAAAGAUAUGCUUUAUCACUCAUUCCCAAAGAAUUGAGCAAAUGGUUAACAUGGAUGUCCCUGAUGUAACACA